AUGCAUUGGCUUCGGCACGGCGACUCGAACUCUAAAUUCUUCCACAGGUCUGCUACAGCUCGUAGGAAUUUUAAAAGAAUUGAUGGUUUGGUGGAUGAGGCAGGGGUAGCGGCCAAUAGUCAGGAAGAGUUGUGUGGAAUAGCUAAGUCCUAUUUUGCUCAUUUGUUUGAAGCCAGGCAAGGAAAUUAUGAACCGGUGCUGAAGUGUAUCCAUCCGGUUAUUUCUCAAAAUGAUAAUGUCAGGUUGUUGUCCCAUGUUACCAAGGUUGAACUUUAUGAGGCUCUUGUCCAGAUGCAUCCCGACAAAUCCCCUGGUCCCGACGGAUUUAAUCCAGCUUUUUAUCAACAUUUUUGGGAUCUUUGUGGAGAUGAUAUCUUCAUGGCAGCUUCUUUAUGGCUACAAAGAGGUUUUUUCCCGCCUGAGCUAAAUGAGACUAAUAUUUGCCUUAUACCCAAGUGUGUUAAACCGAACACUAUGAAAGAUCUUCGUCCUAUCUCUCUGUGUAAUGUAGUGUACAAGUUGGUUGCCAAAUUGCUAGCCAAUAGAUUGAAACUUGUGUUGAAUAAAUGUGUCUCGGAGGAACAGUCGGCGUUUGUUGAAGGUCGGUCCAUUCUUGAUAAUGCUUUGGUUGCUACGGAGAUUAUUCAUGCCUUAAAGAGAAAGACUAGUGGUAACACUUCCCAUUUGGCUUUAAAGAUUGAUAUUAGCAAAGCCUACGAUAGAGUGGAUUGGGGGUUCCUUGGUGCUAUUCUUCUUAGAUUGGGCUUUGAUGAGAGAUGGAUACAUUGGCUUAUGAUGUGUGUGACUUCGGUGCAUUAUUCUGUUCUUGUUAAUUCGGAUAGGGUUGGACCAAUUAUUCCAGGAAGAGGUCUGAGGCAAGGAGAUCCCCUUUCUCCAUAUCUGUUCAUCCUCGUUUCUGAAGGACUUUCUGCUCUUAUUAAAGGCGCUGUUUCUCGAGGAGAUCUUCAUGGAGAACAUAUCUGCAGGAGGGCACCCAGUUUGUCCCACUUGCUUUUUGCUGACGAUUGUUUUUUAUUUUGCAGGGAAAAUCUGGUGGAGGUGACAAACCUCAUGAAUAUUCUUAAUACUUAUACUGAGGCGACAGGUCAGGAGAUCAACUUGUCUAAGUCUGAAGUGUUUUUUAGCCGUAAUUUAAGUGGACCGGCCCAGGAGGAUCUAGCCAGAUUGAUGGGGGUAAAACAUGUCUUAGGCACAGGAAUGUAUUUGGGGUUACCUUCGAUGAUCGGUAGAAGUAAAAAGGCGGUGUUCUCAUUUAUCAAAGAUAGAAUUUGGAAACGCAUCAAUACUUGGAGUGGUAGAUCUUUGUCAAGAGCAGGGAAGGAGGUUAUGAUUAAAUCAGUUCUCCAGUCGAUACCGGCCUAUAUUAUGAGUGUAUACUUGAUUCCGGAAGGGGUGGUGAAUGAUAUCGAGAGAAUGCUUAAUUCGUUUUGGUGGGGAGGUGGUCGUAACAACAAAGGUAUUAGGUGGUUGGCUUGGGAUAGGAUGACUAGUUCGAAAAGUGAUGGAGGUAUGGGUUUUAGGGAUUUUAAAGCUUUUAAUAUGGCUAUGGUUGCAAAGCAGGGUUGGAAUAUUGUUUCAAAACCAGACACUCUUGUGGCUAGGAUCUUCAAAGCAAGGUACUUUCCUAAUUCCUCUUAUCUUGAUUCCAAGAUUGGUAACAAUCCAAGUUAUGCUUGGCGGAGUUUGUGGAAGGCUAAGGAAGUCCUAAGAAUGGGUAGUCGGUGGAGUAUUGGAAGUGGGAGUAGUAUAAAGGCGAUGUAUGAUCCGUGGAUCCGGGAGAAAGAUGGAUGUUGGGUAAACGGUCCGCAAGGUCAUAAUGUGUAUAACCUCUUUGUUAAGGAUCUUAUGCUUCCAAACAUUAAGCAGUGGGAUGUUAUUAAGGUAAAACAACUCUUUGACAAGGAAGGGGCUGAAGCCAUUCUUCGAGUUCCCUUAGUGGAGGAUGUAGUGAACGAUAGGUUGAUUUGGCACGAGGAGAAGAAUGGGGAGUAUAGUGUGAAAUCGGGUUAUAAACUGUGGAAAGGAUGCCAUAGUAGUUCUCGGCACCACGGUAUGGAGAGUAGGUGGAAGAAUAUUUGGAGUAUUUCCGCGCCACCUAGAGCUAAGCAUUUACUUUGGAGAAUUUGUAAAGGAUGCCUCCCGACGCGCUCAAAGCUACAACAACAUCAUGUUCAGUGCCCGUCUUUAUGCCCUUGGUGUGAGGUGGAUGAGGAAGAUGAGUGGCAUGUGUUUUUCGGAUGUUUUUGCACUCUUCAAAGUUGGCGGGCAGCAGGUUUGUCUUCUAUAAUAGAUCAUCGGUUACAUAAUUUUCAUGAUGCUAAGUCCCUUAUUUUUGAUGUGUGUAGCCGUGAGGAUCGUAGGGAUGCGGGUAGAUUUGCUGUUUUGUUGGAGGUGCUUUGGAGAAGUAGGAAUAAUGUGGUUUGGCAGGAUACUCGGGAUGAUUCUAUGAGGAUUGGUUUACAAGCCUACCAUAAUUGGUAUGAUUGGUUCUCAACUAGAGAAGAGAACAUCUCAGGUGUUGUUAAUAAUAUCUCAACCGUGUGGAGUCCGCCUUUGAAUAAUUAUUUGAAAUGUAAUGUUGACGCAGGUUUCAGUAAUGUGCAUGGUACUACAAAUAAAGGGUGGUGUUUUAGGGAUCACUUGGGGAGAUUUGUUUCAGCUGGUGUGUCCUGGGAUGCGGGCUUACUUUCCGUUAUUGAAGCGGAAGCCAUCGCCUUGAAGGAAGCUAUCCAGAAUGCGAUUUCCCUCCAGCUAUCUCAUGUUAUUUUUGAAAGUGACUGUCAACUUGUCAUUAAGUCUAUUCAUGAUUCAAAUGUGGGUAGUUCUGAAUUUAGUUUUAUUAUUAAUUCCAUUCGGCAGUUAUUAGCUUUGUUUCCGAACUUUGAGGUAGACGCGCGAAGGAGCGGCAUAGCCUCUAAAUGGGUGCUAAGUAUUCAAAGCUAUUUAUGGCAGGGUUCAGCUCAUACAGGCCCAGCUUUAACACCUGUAGAAGUGUUGGUUGCAAUCCAUGGAAUUGUUCCCGAGAAAGAUGGUCUUGCACUUAAGAAGAUAACAGAUGCUUGCUCGGCUUGUUUUGAACAACGUACAGUGUUCACUCAGCAGGUUCUGGCCAAGGCAUUGAAUCAGAUGGUUGAUCAAACACCGUUGCCCCUGCUUUUUAUGAGAACAGUUAUUCAGGCAGUUGAUGCUUUCCCUGCACUGGUUGAUUUUGUUAUGGAGAUACUCUCAAAACUUGUGACCAAACAGGUGUGGCGUAUGCCAAAACUUUGGGUUGGUUUCUUAAAAUGUAUAUAUCAGACGCAGCCACGUUCUUUUCAAGUAUUGUUGCAGUUGCCACCUCAACAACUGGAAAGUGCACUCAACAGGCAUGCUAAUCUCAGAGCGCCCCUUGCUUCUUAUGCCAACCAAUCAACUGUAAAAUCUUCAAUUAGUAGAUCAACUUUAGUUGUUCUUGGUCUUGCAAAUGAAACACAUGUGCAGCAACAUUUAUCAGCAUCAUUGCACCAUUCCGAGAAGGGUGCUUCAGUUAGUGGGGCAACUCUGACAUGAUAGUUGAGCGACUGACACAAAUUUAGUCCAUGGCAUGACAAUUUGAAAACAUGAUCGAUGAUAUCGGCCAAUUUCCGGGGUUUAUAGGCAACCAAAGAGAAAAAUCACAAAUAAAUAGUUCAUAUAGUGUGAGCCUCAACAGAUUGUUUGAACCAACCAGAAUGCAGCUUAUUGAGUGUUUAUAUAACCUAGUUGAAUCAAGGGCAUACAUUCUCAAUUAUAUCAACAAUGAGUUUCCUCUCCAUGAUUGGAACUUCAUUCCAGUGCUC